UGCAGGCCCCUUGUGGCGUUUAUGAGAACCCUUCCCGUACCUAAACAAUAAUGGCUGCGGUGUCGUGGCUGUUUGAGAAGCGGCACCUAAAACGACCACGAUUAGGACCUGCAGACGUCUACCCUCAAGACCCUAAACAGAAAGAAGAUGAAUUAACAGCAAUAAAUGUUAAGCAAGGGUUCAUCACAAAUCCACAGAUAGCAGACGAGUAUGGGUCCGCCAGGAAUCAAAACAUUACCUCAGCUAAGUUUGGUGCCUUCUCGAGCGCAAUAUUGGCAAAGAAGCAAGAACUCAACACUAUCCAAGAUUCUGGACGCAAGCGGCAACAAAUCAAUCCUAAGGAGCACUUUUGGCCUGUGACUGCUCGGUCCAAAAAUGCAAUCGAGGCUUGGUUCAAGGAUCUUGCCGGCUCAAAGCCGCUCACCAGCCUGGCCAAGAAGGUUCCCAUAUUCAACAAGAAAGAAGAAAUAUUCUUGACAUUAUUCGAGUUUUCUGUGCCAAUGCUGCGGGCAGCCUGGUUCAUCAAGAUGACUUCUAUCUACUCGGUGGCUAUAUCCGAGGCCAAGAUGAAGAAGAGGCAGUUACCCGAUCCUUCACAAGAGUGGACUCAAGCCUUGUGUAAAUUCCUGAGAGAGCUCCUGCAUAAACUAGUGGAACACAGCCACCCUACAAAUUCGUCAUUGCAACAGGGGGGAACCGGGGGCACCAGUCCCGCCAGCAACCCCCCCAGCAUUCCCCCGGACACUGCGGCCAUGAAACAGUGGCAGUACUGCGUUCAGUUGACCUAUCACCUCUAUGAGGAGGGCCUUCUGGACCAGCAGGAUUUCCUCACCUGGAUCCUGGAACACAUCGAGAAGACCAAGUCGCCAGACGAUCCCAUCCUCAAACUGGUUAUGCCGCUCACGCUGCAGUACGUGGACGAAUUUGUGCGCUCCGAGCUGCUGUCACGUCGCCUGGCUCACCACUGUGCCAAGAAACUGAACCAGUUGGUGAGCAACUACACCAUCAGUUCACCUCGAAGUCAGAGUCCCGUCGUAACCGUCAGUGCAGCCACAAAUCACACCAAUGGGCACAGAGUGUCCCCCGAUCCUGCCGUGCCCACUGUGAACCCGCUGGCUGCGAGCUUUGCAGAGUGUCUCCGCUGCUCUCAUCAUCGCAGCAUCGUGCUUCAACUUUCUGCAGUUCUGCAGGUGAUUACGUUGGAAUGUUCGUCUGCCUUGGUUUGGAACAACAUAGGAGAAGGCAAGAGCAGCUCUGUCCUGAGCGGUUCUCCGCUUGACCUCCUGCCGUGCCCACCUUCGUGCCUGCCAAUGGCGUCCAGACCUCACAAUGCUCAGGUGCGGCAGCAGUUACGUCGUGCGGAACAGCAGGUGGUCCAGCGCGGCCGGGCAGCAGAGGUUCGCUGGUCCUGCGACAAGUGGCAGCAGACAGCUGCGGGCACAACCAUAGGCCGGGUGUUGAAUGCGUUGGACGCAUUGGAUCGUCACAGCUUCGACAGAGUGGAUGUCAGCAACUCGCUGGACACACUGUACAGUAAAAUAUUUCCUCGGGGUGAGAUUCAACCCCAACCCAACGGGGAGGCUCAACCCCUUCAGGAUGAACCUAUCGUUCGUCUCUUGUGUGAAUGGGCGGUGACCACCAACAGGAGUGGAGAACACAGAGCCUUGGUGGUGGCGAGACUGCUUGAGAAACGACAGAAUGAGCUCAAUGUUGAGAAGUACAACGAUGCAGACCUGGUGGACGAAAAAGAUUCCCAGGACUCAGGGACUGGUGGUCCUAUGGGACUGCCACUUUUCCAGAAUCUUUUGGUCAAUUUUCUCGACACUGAAGCACCAGUUCUAGACGAGAAGCCUUCGCCAGAGAACCGCACAGCUUUUGCCAACCUUGUGUUGCUCUUCGCAGAGCUCAUCCAUUGUGAUGUCUUCUCCCAUGAUGCCUACAUGUGCACGCUCAUUUCACGCGGUUAUUUUGCGGGACACCCUCCUGGUAAUGCCAGUCUUGGGGCUGCCCGCCUGGACCCGGAGCCCUCCCUCACUGGAUUUUUGGAUCCGGGACUGGGACCCUCACCGAGCCCAGUGGUGUCUAUGCCACUCGGCCUGGGCAGCCUCGGGAUAGGUGGCAUUGGAGAACCCGGCAGGCAGCAGGAUUCAUUGCCCAUGUUUGAGCCCGGAUCGGUCAAGCACGAAGUGGGAUGGGACGUCCAGAUGGACAUGGACGAUGCUAGGAUUGAUGCCGACCUGGAUAAAUUGUUGCAGCACAUCAAGGAAGGGCAGCAAAACAUGAGUGACCAACCAGAUUCCGUGGGGUCAGACAAAGAAGAAGGAGGGUCACUUCAUGGUCCAGCCACGCCCCUGGUGGAAGUAGGUCCAGGAGGGACGACAUCCUCGAGCAGUGCGGCAGUUCCAGGCAGUGGCACCAGGAGCCGAGCAGUACGCCACCUGCAGUACACAACCCACUUUCCCCUGCCCCAGGACGAGGCAGGAGCGCACGACUGUAAUCAGCGGCACAUCCUGCUGUACGGUGUCGGGAAGCUCCGGGACGAGGCACGCCACACAGUCAAGAAGGUCACCAAGGAACUUCUCAAACUCUUCUCCAAGAAAACCUCCAUGGAUAUUGCUGAUGGUGCCAAGGUGAAAAGACACGCCCGCGAUGCUUUCAAUUUCGAAGCGGCGAUGGCUAGGUUCCAGUCUCUGUCCUACUUUGACCAGCACGUUGUGACACAGGCGUGUGCUUCUGCUGUGCUGGAGAUGCUGGGGGGAUUUGCUGGGGGAUCGUCAAACUACCUGCCACUAGUGGAAUAUGUCGCUUUCCUCUUUGAACUCAUGGAACUCUCAUUCAACAUCCAUGGCCUCAUUGAGUUCGGCUUACAGCUUCUAAAAGAACUUGUGGAAGUGGAAAGCCAGUUGGGGCAGAAAGGUUCUGCUCUGUGUGGCACUUACGCUACUUCUUUGGGGCUCUACAUUGUGGGCCUCUUCUACAGAUAUCACUGCUGCCUUCUUGUAUCGCAAGAGUACACGCUACAGACCUGCGAGAGCCUAUGCAAGAUUGUGAAGCACAUCUCCAACCCUGCUGAGUGCUCUUCUGCAGAGCGUUGCAUCCUCUGCUACUUAUACGAUGUAUAUUCGUGCUGUUAUUACCUGAGGUCGAAACAUUCCGAGAUCUUUGGCUCCCUCUACUCCAAAGUGAAACAGAGCCUUUACGUCUCUCAAACUCCGUCUGCUCUCAACUUGCUCUGGAACACAACGUUCAUGAUCGACUGCAUCAAUAACCCCAGGACACGACCCGACGGCCAGCAGGUGAAGCAGCUCAACGAGAAUCCCUCAACUCGCUACAGCUUCGUCUGCAAUGCUGUCCACAGCAUUUCUGUUGCCAGGGACCCCGACAGGUUGAACGACAUAUCCUUGUUGUGUGCUGAACUGACCGCAAACUGCAGCUCUCUCAGUGCCGAGUGGCUCGGCGUGUUGAAGGCUCUGUGCUGUUCGUCCAACCAUGCCUGCGGUUUUAUUGACGUCCUCACGCAAGUUGACGUGAGCGACCUGUCCAUUCACGACAACCUGGCCGUCUUCACCUGCAUCCUGGUGGCCAGGCGAUGUUUCUCGCUUCAAGACUUUGUGGUACACGUCGCUAUUCCGUCACUGCUGUCAGCGAGCCCCGUUGGAGGUGCUGCUGACCAGGACGCAGAAUCGGGGGCCCGUCUCACGUGCCACCUGCUGCUGCGUCUAUUCCGCUCGGUUGAUCCUUGUCCGUCGAUGCCGCGACCCCUGUUUGUGAUCCGCUCACCCUGCGACCGCCACCUGCUGGCCGCCGCCCACAGCAGCAUGCGAGUGGAACCUGUCUUGGCCGUACUCAAGGCCAUUCUCGUGCUGGGUGACGCAGCCGCUCCCUGUCUAGAUACUAAAGCUGAUACAUCGCAAGGAAAAGGUGAACCUAGCAUCAAUGAACUACUGGGUUCCAUUGACGACCCGGACCUGGACCUACGCGUGCCAGCCAGUUUAGGAAGGCACCCAAGCAGCAUGUCGUCUCGAGGAACGGGCAUCGAGAGUGCGGGUCUCAAUGACUAUGCCAAGUACGCCCUGGAACAGAUCUGUGGGCAGCAGUGGAUCCACGAGCGCUCGCUCCGAGAUCCUGACGUGCUAUGCUCGGCAGAACUUCUGCUCGACCCCAUGCUGUCCCACAAGCAGGCAGAGACCCUUCUGCAAAUGAUUUGUCACCCAAAAGGUGUGGUCAGUUCUUCUUGCAUGGGGCUGUCCGACGCGCUGGCGUCGUCCGGCGAGGAGCCCACGGACCAGAGACGGGUCAUCGUUCAGAUACUGGAAGGUCUCGACCAAUGGAGCCUGCGAGUAUCGUGGUUGGAGCUUCAACUCAUGUACAAGCAGUGUUCCACACCGGCUGAAGUGAACACAUGGCUUGAGAAUGUGGCCAACGCUACCAUAGAUGUCUUCCAGCUGACCAGUGAAGACUGUCGACCUCCUUCUGUCCUCGUGUCCAGCCCUGUGCUGUAUGAGAGGCAUGGGGCAAGGCUAGAGAUGGAGCGUAUCUGGUUUGUGGCUCCCCUGGUGGCCAAGCUUCCAGCCACAGUGCAAGGUAAAGUGCUGCGUGCUGCAGGCCACGUCCUAGAAAGUGGCAACUGGGCCUCCAUCACUUCUUCAUCCUCUUCGAAGAACAAGGAGAAAGACAGCAAGCAGGUCCACAAGAGCACGUCCCUGUUGAGCCACCAGCCAUUCCUGUCCCUGGUGCUGAUGUGUCUCAAAGGCCAAGAUGAGCAGAGAGAGGGAUUGUUGAACUCUCUCUACUCCCAGCUCAACCAGUGCCUCAACCUUGCCAAAGAUGAGAAGCCAGCACUGGCAGAUGACCCCAAAACGAGGCAGCUACUACAAGAAGCCCUUCUGCUUCGACUCAGCUUGGUCGGGGCAAUGUUUGACAUGAUUCAACGCAGUAAUACCCUCACCACAGACUGGGCCCUUCUGCUCGUCCAGCUAAUCAGCUACGGUGUCGUAGACCCACACUCUAAUGCGGAACUGUUCUUUACGGUGCUUGACAUGCUGGCAGUGCUGAUCCACACGACUCAGGUGUCGGACAGUUCAUCGGGAGAGGAGAUGCGGAAACAGUACAUCAAUUUGGUGAAGAAGCUCAAGAAAGAAGUGUCUGACUUGGACACAGACGUGAUCAGCAUGGUGCACCAGUUGCUGCCUCUGCCCAAGCAGCAGAGUGAAGUAAUCACCUGCGAACCUAUGGGCAGUCUCAUUGACACCAAAGGAAACAAGAUUGCUGGCUUUGACUCUAUUGACAAGAAACAGGGCCUUCAAGUGUCCGAGAAGCAGUUUGUGAGCCCCUGGGACCUCUUGGAGGGGCACCGCAACCCAGCCCCACUCUCCUGGGUUUGGUUUGGGGCCGUACGCAUGGAGCGUAAGCCUCGGGUGGAGGAAUCCCACCGUGCCCUUCUAUGGCACACCCACGGAGCCCUCGCCAAGCCCCUCUCAUAUUUCUUGGAUCCCCCUCUGCUGCCUCCUGAAGACCUCAUCCUGGAGCCUCAGCCUCAUCAACAUUUGCCCCCACCACCGGACAAGCACCACUUACAGAUGCAGUUGUUGGAAGAAACCAAACGAGGACUGCAUGAGAUGCACGGUGCUCCGUCCCCACGCGGGGGAGCCAAGAAGCCCAAAGCCCAGAGGCGUCCACGCAAACCCAAGAUGAUGGGUGCACAGACGCCUCCGGUGCGGGGCUCCCUGGUGUACCCCGAGCAACAACAAGGAGGUAUGUACCCCGGACCCCAAGCACCCCCUCAGCAGUGGUAUGGUCAGCAACCACCGAUGCAGCAACAGCCACCCUACUAUUCUCCGCAACAACCCCUUCCUCCCGGAGGGCCCCGGUUUGAGAGGCAGCUCUCCCAGUCAAAGGCAGCCCUGAGCUCCAUGCUGCGCGCCAGACAUCCGUCCGCUCAGUUCAUGCAGGGACCUCCUCCUCCUCAAGGGGGUGCUCCCAUGGGGGGGCCUUACCCCAAUAUGGACAUGCUGCAGAAGCAGAGGCACCAGAUGAUGAUGAGGCAACAAAUGCGGCCUCAAGGGAUGCCACCACAGCAACAGGUGAAUCAACAGGGCAUGUUCCAUCCCGGCAUACCGCAGGGAAACCAGGGUCCUGGAAUGCAUCAUAUGCCUGGAAACAUGAAUCAGAGCUAUGGCACGUACGGUGGCCCUCCUCCACAGAUGCAGGGGGGUGGGCCGUCGCAGGGCCUCAUGGAGCGCAGGGGAGGUAUGAUGGGACCCUCAGGAUUUCCACCUCAGGCAGGGUACCCCAACCCUCAACAACAAGGACCCAACAUGGGAGGCAUGGGGGGCAUGGGUGCCCCUCCAGGGCCCAUGCAGAACCCACAGGGCCAGUACAUGCCCAACAGGCCACAAUAUCCGCUGUCACAAGGUGGUCACAACACCAGUGGCGGUACCACCAUGGUGGCCAACUCCCACCUGACUGGCUCCGGGGGUACUCUGGUGAGUCAGGGCAGUGGAGGACCAGCAGGUGCGACCACCGGAUAUGGUGGCGCUCCGCAAGGUGCUCCCAUGAUGUCUGCACCCACCCACAACAUGCAACAGCUGCGGCAUCAGCAGCAACUCAUGGCCAUGCAGAAACAGCAGCAGCAGCAACAGCAGACUGCAGCACUAGUAGCACAGCUGCAGAGGCAGCUCUCGGGGAGCGGGCAGGUUGCACCUCCGCAACAUUCUUAUCAACAUCCUGGGCCUUAUUAGGAGAAAUUAUUAGGUACAUUGUUUGGUGCGGCGAUGCAGUUUUGGAAAUUCUCUCCAAGCUGUUUGUCUGCGUAGGAGUUGCCCACGUAUGGAAUGUCUGGUAUAGUUGCAGCAAGGCCCUAGAAAAGAGAAUUGCGAGCAGUUCGUGCAUGUGGGUGGUUUGAGCCCCCGUUAUGAUACACAUUAAUGUUAGGUACACGAAUAUAGGCCAAAACAUUUUUUAAAUUUGGCGGAACGUCGAUGUUCAAUCUGACGCCGUGCAAGCCAGCCGGCGUCCGGUAUAUCUCGAACCGUUGACUUAUCGGGUGCUUUCAUCCGAUAAACACGGUACUACGGCAGCCAACUAUUUAUUUAAUGGGAUAUGUAUAAAGACCGACGAUCUCUAGUUCUUAUAAAUUUCCAGUCCGGGUCCUUAGCGAACAGAUGUUUUUCCUUCAACUGAUUUGCAACGUAACUAAUUGCCCUUAUCGGUGUCUUACGUAACCGGACCCUCACUUAGAUUUUGAGAAAAGGUUUUAGUACAUGUGAUAACGACCUUUGACCCCACUCACUAACUUGUGGUUGGUAACACUCCAAUGGAAUGUCGGGCACUUCCUGUAUUGAAUCCUGUGGGAUGGAUAAGAAGAAAUUAUGAAUGUCAUUCGAAGUGCAGCAAGAUGUCGAUGAUAUGAUUCUCUCAGGAAAAAGAAAAGAUCAUGUCAUCCGGGAAAGAGUGCAACGCUGGUGGGGACUACAAGCGGAUCAUAAAAAUGUUGUAUAGCAUGAGAAAUGGUAUUGUCAAAGAUCACAUCAUCAACGGGGCCAUUAUGGCUAGAACACUGUAUGGGUUUCGAGGAGCUAGGAGUUGUUGAUAAGUUACCCUGGAGCCAUUUUGCAUUUUAACUAAAAGUUUAAUACAGGCAUACGAAGGUGCUGUACUAAUAUUGCACAAAAAAUUUCUAUCUUCCUUAAGUUUGCAUGCAUCGGAUCGAAACUUCUCUUAUCAAAAUGCCCACAGCAAAUUACGUGAAAAACAUCGGCUUAUAUGCAGCUGCUGGCAGUGUGCAUGUCCUUAAAGGUCAUUUACUGAAGUGCUCGAAGUACCGUAUUAAUUUUGUAUCAUCGAGCCGUCGAUGACUCAUUGUGGAUUAAUAAUUUUUAAAAUUUGGUCGGGUACAACUGUAGGCAACAUAUUUACGGUGCAGUGGCAUAGCGGGAGGGGGAGGUUCAAACCUCCCCAAAAUCGUACCUUUGGUCGCGCAUUUGGGACAGGGAAAUGAGGGUGAAAUGCCCCACCCUCUUGUAAAGUUCCCAUAGAGCCCCUCCCAAAUAAUUUUUAUUGGGGUGGGAUUUAUUGGGGAGGCAUCCCUUCGUAUAGUUGUUCGAUCUAGCAGAUGAGGCCGACUGUGUAGCAAAGGGUGAGGCCUUUUUUGCCCAAGAAUGCGCUGCUUUUGAAAGGUGCAUUGGAUAGCGAAAGCAACUAUAUACUGACGAGGAUUGAGGCAGCAACCGAAGACAUUCAUUUUUUGGGGCCAGACCCGCGUGUUCUGUUUGGGCAUUUUAAAGCGAUGCUGUAUAGUGUUAUCAUAUUGCAAUUUUUAAAUGGUCAUCUCUAAUGUUGUUUGUUAACUUAUUUAUGGUGUUCUGCACUUGUAAAUAGCAUUUGUCAUAACAUGUGAAGAGUAGUAAAUUGCCUGUAUUCACUG